CUGAGCGCGUGGCGGGCUGUUGAGAGAGGAGCUUGCUAGGCGUCUAGCUACACGAAGAGUGGUGUCCCGUGAAGCGAAGAGCGGCCCCGCGAGGGCAAGGGACGUGCAGACGGCCUCGGCUCAGUGAGGAUUUAGGUCUUAUUUGCUUUUAGCUUUUCUCCCAAGGAUGGAGAUGCUUCUAUUUGGUGUCUGGACCCUGCUGACCUUGAUCCCUUGCCCAGGAGCCAUAGAAGAGUUAUUUGAGGUUUCUGUUUGGCCACAUCAGGCCCUAGUGGAGUUUGGACAGUCCCUAGUGGUCAACUGCAGCACAACCUGCCCAAGUCCAGGACCCAGUGGAAUUGAGACCUUCUUAAAGAAAACCCAGGUUGGCAAAGGGCCUCAGUGGAAGGAGUUUCUACUGGAAGACGUCACAGAGAACUCUGUCCUGCAGUGCUUCUUCUCUUGUGCAGGGAUUCAAAAGGAUACAAACCUGGACAUCACUGUGUAUCAGCCACCAAAGCAGGUGAUCCUGGAGCUGCAGCCUGCAUGGGUGGCUGUGGAUGAAGCCUUUACAGUGAAGUGCCAAGUGCCCAGUGUGAUACCCCUGGAGAACCUUACCCUUACCCUUCUCCGGAAUGACCAAGAACUGCACAGAAAGAACUUUGUGAGCAUGACUGUGGCCUCCCAAACAGCUGAGGUCACCAUCAGUGUCAGAGCCCAAAGAGAGAAUGACAGGUGUAAUUUCUCCUGCCGUGCAGAACUGGAUUUGAGUUCACAAGGUGGAGGGCUCUUUCAUGGCAACUCAGUUAUUGAGGUACUCCGGAUCUUUGAAUUCUCUCAGAGUCCCCAGAUCUGGAUCUCUUCCCUUCUGGAGGUUGGGAUGGCAGAGACUGUGAGCUGUAAGGUAUCCAGGGUAUUUCCAGCUAAAGAAGUUAUAUUCCACAUGUUCUUGGGAGAUCAGGAGCUGAACCCCUUCCUCUUCUGGAGAGAGGACACGGCAUGGGCCAAUGCCACCGUUCGGGCCAUGGAGACUGGUGAUCAGGAGCUGUCAUGCCUUGUGUCUCUGGGUCCAAUGGAACAGAAAGCAAGAAAGUUAGUGUAUGUCUACAGUUUCCCUCCACCAAUCCUGGAGAUAGAAGAAUUAUACCCCCUGGCAGGGACCGAUAUUAAUGUGACCUGUUCAGGACAUGUAUUAACAUCACCCAGCCCUACUCUUCAGCUACAGGGAGCCCCAGCCCUCUCUGCCCCUGGGGAGACUGCGUGGCUUCUGCUUACUGCCAGGGAGGAAGAUGAUGGCCGAAAUUUCUCCUGUGAGGCCUCUUUGGAGGUGCAGGGUCAGCGAUUGGUUAAAAACACUGUGAUUCAGCUUCAUGUCUUAUAUAAGCCAAGGUUAGAGGAAUCUGGUUGUCCUGGUAACCAGACAUGGGUAGAAGGAAUGGAGCAGAUGCUUACUUGUGUCCCAGAAGGAAAUCCAGCUCCAGCUUUGCAGUGUACUUGGAAUGGAAUGAUCUUUGACCUUGAAGUGCCACAGAAGGCAACCCAGAACCACACAGGCACCUACUGCUGCACAGCCACUAACAAGCUGGGCUCCGUCAGCAAAGACAUUGAUGUCAUUGUUGAAGGACUGGAGGAAGGAGUCAACUCUACCCUCUUCAUCAUUGUUGUUGUCCUCGGAGUGGGUGGAAUCACCUUAGCACUGUAUUUAAACUAUCAACCCUGCAAAAUGAAGAGGAAGAAAUUGCCCUAUAGGCAGAAAAAGAAUAACAAAGAAGAAGAAAACCAGUUUUCUGUUGAACAAGCAGAAAAGUGCAACUCACAUAAUUGUUGACUACAAACAGCUCUUUGGUUGACAGAAUUACUACUGGGGUUCCCCAGGGAGGGAAGAGUGGAUAGAGGAGAAAGGAAGAAACAACAACACAAGGUUGCAUUAUCCUUUGUGUUAUGUUGUCCCAUAAAGCAGACAUUGUUUCAGGUCCCCAUGUCCUUUGUGUCCAGGCCAUCCACAAGUUCACUUUUCUCUUUGAGUUCACUCUAGUCACUAGGAAAUUCAUUCUCAGUGUCCAGCUAGUGAGAGGGCCCUUUGCUCCUUGCUAUGUGCCUCAGUGGAUCAUUCUUAGAUUCACAAAGAUCCUGCUCUUACAUCUUCAUUCCCACCACCCUUUUCUCCAUGAAAUUGGACUCAUAGGUUAAGGGCUUCAAACAUCUCUGAAUUCCUUUUCAUAAGCCAUUGCAGAGUAAUCUCUGAGUUCACAUUUGACAUAGCUGUUUACCUAUAUGGGCUCUUAGGUUUAGUUUCAAUGUUUAUUCUCCAUUUCCCUAAAGAUGUACCUGUGUUCAUCUGCAUGAGAACUGUUUCCUUAAGUGUCAGGAGGAAUCAUCUUGUGUUGGGGAUGUUGCUUAGUGUGCCAUGCCACUGAGUUUAAUCCUCAGUCCUGGGAGAAGAAAAAGUGAGAGAAUGAAAAAAAAUCUCUCGUAAGAUUUUAUGAUUUGGCUUUCUUUUCUUUUCUUUGGAAAGAAUUUAUUCAUCCUUGGAGAAGGCAUGAGGAAUCAGAA